AUGGAGCAACAAUCUGUGGAUCCAAUACAAUUGCGAGUAAUACAGUUGGAAGAUAAGUUCAAGAAAUACCAAGAUAGAAAAUAUGGGAAAUUACCCAUAUAUGACUCAGACAAAGAGACAAAAUCAUUCCAUCCUAAUAUUUUGAAUUCGCAAUUUCCUCAAGGAUUCAAAAAUCCUUAUGUCGCACAAUAUGAUGGUACAAGUGAUCCUGUAGUGAACCUGAACAAUUUCAAUACCAUAAUGCAAGUAAGAAAUAUUUCAAACAACUUGCGAUGCAUAUUAUUUCCAACUUCAUUAAUAGGAGCUCCAAGUAGUUGGUUUAAAAAAAUUACCAACCAUUCCAUAACUUCUUGGGAACAACUAUCAAAGGAUUUCAAAAAGCAAUUCCAAGCUGCGAAAGAUCGAAGACCAGAAGCAUCUUCGCUAACCAAUGUCAAAGAGCAACCAGGAGAGUCCCUAAAGGCAUACUUAAGUUGUUUUAGUACGGCCACAGCCAAAGUCAGGAAUCUGAAUGACAAUAUUCAGUUAACAGUCCUUCAAGCUGGAAUUACAAUCGAUUUGUCAACUGUAGGGGAGAAUUAUGGCAUGACUUACAAGAAGGAAGAUGUGCGAAAUGAAAUUAAGUUGUUAAAGUCCAGCUUGGGAGAUAAACCCAGCACAAAUAUCGCAACAGCGAGCACUGUGACCACCAAAGUAGGAAAUUCAAAUCCUACUAGCUCGAAUACCAAGAAAAAUGAUGAGUCGAGAGACUCAUCCAAAGACAAAAAGAAACAAAAGAAGCAUGAGAACUAUGUUUCCAUUUACUUAGUAUAUACUGAAUUGAAUGAAACUCGUGAAAAUAUCUAUCUCGCCAAUGAAAAUGGUGUCACAUUUCCCAAAACCGAUCCAAUGAGACAUGCGAGAAACAAGCAAGAUCCUAACAAAUAUUAUCGUUUCCAUAGAGAUAUCAGGCAUACCACUGAAGAAUACCGUCAGCUGAAAUAUGAAAUUGAAAAUAUAAUCUCGAGAGGUUAUUUGAGGCAAUAUGUGAGACCACAAGGAAACAAACAAAAUCUGCCCAAUAACCUGAAUAACCCAAGGUUACAACCUCCCCCUGUUGAGGGCAAGGAUAUCCUGGUUAUUUGA